AUGGCGGAGGAGCAGCAGGAAUCAUCACAGGCAGAGGGGGAGGCCUUUAUAGCCAACAGUAACCCUUUAGUGUCGGACAGACAGGACCUGGCGGUGCUGCAGAGGGAAUACGCUGAGGAGGACACAGUUUAUCAGCUCAAGAUCAAGGACCUACACAAAAAAUACUCGUACAUUCGUAAGACGCGACCAGAUGGGAACUGUUUCUACAGAGCCUUCGGCUUCGCGCAUCUCGAGUCGCUGCUCGAUGACAGCAAAGAACUGCAGAAGUUCAAAGCCGUGGCAACUAAAAGUAAACUGGAACUGGUUAACGAGGGCUUCACUGAGUUUACCAUUGAAGACUUUCACAAUACUUUCAUGGACCUGAUCGAACUGUGCGAGAAGCAGCCGCGCCUGCAGGAGCUCCUGAACUCCUUCAACGACCAGAACGUGUCGGACUACGUGGUGGUGUACCUGCGGCUGCUCACCUCGGGCUACCUGCAGCGAGAGUAUGGCUUCUUUCAGCACUUCAUAGAGGGAGGACGCUCCGUCAAGGAGUUCUGUCAGCAGGAGGUAGAGCCUAUGUCUAAAGAAAGUGACCACAUCCACAUCAUUGCAUUGGCCCAGGCCCUGAAUGUAUCCAUCCUGGUGGAGUACAUGGAUAGAGGAGAGGGAGGAACAGUCAAUCACCACGUCUUCCCUGAAGGUGGCGACCCACGCAUCUUCCUCCUCUAUAGACCUGGCCAUUACGACAUCUUGUACAAAUAACACUCCUGGCCACAGCCCGCCUCAUUCUCCUCCCGCUGCACGCUACAGCACUGGGGUUAAAAAACAACAAAAAGAAAAACGUCAGCAGCAACGUUGAUGAAACAUACAUCUGUGUAUACGAUCACACUUAUGUAUUUAAAAAAAAAAAAAAAAAAGAUAAAAUUACAUUACAUGCCUCCCUUACCCCUCUCGUCCCAAACUCCCAAGUUUAUCCUCAGUCAGCACACCAUGGUUAAU